AAAAGUAUUUUUUAUCAAGUACUUUACACCACUGCGGUUAGGCUAUGUCAUAAUUGUUCGGUUUCCAAAGUUGGACUGAGAGUGGGAAAGCAAAUUUUUUCGAGGGCAGAGGCAUAUUUGAGAUUUUUCAACCUUUGUGGGGGAGGAUCCAUAUACAAUAACACUUGUUCACCUAUGCUCCUAUGUUCUGGAUUCCUAAUAUCCAGUUCGCAGUAAUCCAGGUCUUGUUUAGUGCCUACAAUAAUGUUUGGACAGGUCUGAAAUCUGGAAAAUGUCCAAAGUUCACUACAACUUUAAGAAAUAGUUCAUUCUUCGGUUUUUUUUUUUCAUCAGGAAAUCACAUGGAGGUGCUGUCGUGCUCACAUGACAAUCUGAACUAUGGCAGGCGAGCUCAAUGAAGGAUCAGUGCCUCCAUACUACAGGGAGGUGUAUGAGGCCAUCCGGAGUAAGAUAGAGGAACGAGUGCAGGUGGAGGUCUUCCAGAGGUUGCUCAGCAGAACAGAUCUCCCCAGUGGUGUGCAGGGCCAGAUUGCUGAGCAUGUUGACUACACUGAUGGAUUCUUAAGCAAGUUGUCCCUAUAUAAAGCACUGGCGUUGAUCGCCCUUGCUCAGCAAGGAAAGCAACCAAGCCCAAAACUCUUAGAGAACUGCAUACAAGAGUUCCCUAAGCCCCAACUUGGUGAGUUCAAGGACCUCCAGACUCUGAGGAUGCAGCCAACUCAGGAGAGCCCCCUCACGGUGCCCCAGACCCUGGGCAAGCUGCUUGCCAGGGAUACAGUCCAGGUGGAGCUAAUUCCUGAAAAGAAGGGUCUGUUCCUCAAACACGUGGAGUACCAGAUCACCAGCCAGCAUUUUAAGAUAUCUGUUUACCGGCGGUACAGUGAUUUCGAUGUCUUCCACGAGCUCUUGCUGCAGAGGUUUGCCUACAGAAUGGUGCCUGCGUUGCCGCCUAAGAGAAUGCUGAAAGGAGUCCUGACCUCCAUGUCUGAGAGGGACUUUAUAGAGGGAAGGCGGCGUGCUCUGGGCCGGUUCAUCAACCUAGUGGCACGACACCCCUUCUUCUCCGAGGACGAACUGGUCAAGACCUUUCUCACCUUCAACGGCUCGGACGUUCAGGUGAAAAUGCGUGAUGCUUGCAAGAAAAUGGGAGAUGAAUUCAUGACUAAUACAAUGGCAACUCUGGCAAAGGAUUAUCUCCCAGCUGAUAUCCAGGCCCAGUUUUCAUCAAGCAGGGAACUGAUCAGGAAUAUCCACAACAGCUUUCACAAGCUGCGGGACCGGGCAGAGAAGAUGGCCGAGCGCUCCAAGGAAAACGCCACUGAUUUGCUAAUGUUUGGAAGGGAGCUCAGUACACUGGGCUCUGAUGGUUCACCCAUUCCCUCUCUGGCCUCAUCCCAAAGCACCUGGGGCAUUCUCCGUCAGUCUCUGAAAGGCCUUUCCGUGGAGUUUGCUCUGCUAGCCGACAAAGGUGCUCAGCAGGGGAGGAGAGAAGAGGAUGAUGUCGUGGAAAAACUGAAUCUAUUCUUGGAUUUGCUGCAAUCAUACAGAGAUCUGUGUGAGCGGCAUGAGAAGGGAGUAUUGCACGAGCACCAGAGAGCGCUGCAGAAGUACGGUAUGAUGAAGAGGCAGAUGAUGAGUGCCACAGUGCAGCCCAAAGAGCAGGUGUCAGUGGAGCAACUGGAGUCUCGCAUUGUGCAGCAGGAGAAUGCCAUUCAGACCAUGGAACUGCGGAACUACUUCUCCCUGUUCUGCCUUCACCAGGAGACUCAGCUCAUCUUCACAUACCUGCCCAUCACCUCUCACAUCCUGGGAGCCUUCGUCAACUCACAGGUCCAAGGUCACCAAGAGAUGGGUGCAGUGUGGAAUGAUCUCCAGCAGAAGCUUGGGUGUCUCUUCGGUGUCGAUGAAAUGCAAUCCCCUCCUCUUACACCCAAGUAGACACCCAUGUCCCCUUCUCUCUCAACAAGCGAUGAAUAUGCUGCUUUGCAAGCCAAGAAGACAGUCACUCUCAGAAGGGACUGAUGGUGAACUGUUUUCAUAAAACCUUGAAAAACACUACAAACUGUGCCUUAAGUAUAAAUCAGUGGUGAGUAAAUGCAGUUUACUCACCUUUUUUUCAUUUUCUUUGUGGGACAGUUCAUCUACCUUUUGUGGAAAAAUGCAUUGAAGUAUAGGGAGCGCUACUUUUUUUCUCUGCUACUCGGCGAACAGUUUACCCACUUUUUAUUUUUUUACCACUACAUCACUGAUUUCAAUGAAUGGAUGUGGUCUGCAGCUCGAGAUAUAUUAUACCGUACGUGCAUCCUCACUAGGGAUGUCAGAGGUUGAUCAAAGGAGCUCAUUGGGAAGUGGAAGAGUGCUUUGAAGAAUGUGUACUGCUGCCUUGCUGUAUGAGAAGAGGAAAAUAUGGAUUUCAUAAUUGAUAUAUAGGGAACAUUUUGUUGAAAAGCUGGACCCUUUCUGUGUUAUUUUGUAGCUCAAUGCCUUUACCAUAUGAGGGACUUCUUACCUACACUUCUUGGAGGCUCAUUCGCCUAUGUUGAGGUAUAAUGUAGUGUCUUAUUGCAGGCAGACACAUGUAAGAAUGUAUUUGCAUGUAAGAAUACACUAAUUAAGCUGAUUGAAGAUGUUGCCACACAGGGAAGAUACGUUUCCUUGCCGCAGCCAGGUUGUGGCAACAUAACCUUUUGUGUUUAAAAUGACUAGUGUAAAUGUUUAAGAUGUUUAGAAAGAUUCUAAUCAGGGCACGGGCUCAUUUCUGAAAAAAGACAGGCAAACCAAUAUGUAUUCAAGUAAAUGUAGUAGCAGCAUGCUAUUCAAUGGUUUGUUGUGAAGUACAACAUAAGUAUUAAUCAUCCUACUGACCACACUUGUGCAACUGGGCUUGCUAGCUUGUGUUGAUAUUCGGGCAAAGGCCUUCAGAUUCCUUGCUUCAAUCGAAUCUUCGUUGCAAUACUGUGAAAAGCUGCUUCAGUUUCUACGCCUGAGCAAGCUAUCAAUAGGAAGAAGUUUGAUCAAAUUAAAAUAAUUAAUGAUUUAUGGCUGAUAUAACACUCCAAGUGACCAAUGGUGAACAUACCAAAGAAACAUGCUACAAUGUCACAUAUCAUUAGUGCAAUUAAGUAGUAAUUAUCCUGUAAUAUUUUAUUUCAGGUAGAAAUUAAAUGUGCUCUGUGUUAAUGCUUUUGACCUGUUUGCAAUGUUUGUUUCAAUUAAGAUGCAAUAAUGGUGGUUCAGUGUUUACUUAAUGUAGAUUUGAAGAAAACUAGAUGGAAUAUUUUUCUGUGUAUGCAAUAUUCAAGAAUAUUCUCAGAUUGAUCUUUUUCAAGAAUAUACCCAAUGAUUUAUUGUCCUCUUAUUCAACAGUAUACAUUGAUUUCAUGUCUAAAGCAUAAGAUUAUGUUGAUAAAGUUUCUCAUUAUUUGAUCUGAUGAAAAAAAAAAAUUCACUCACAAUUUAAGGUUUACGUAACCUGUUCUUGCAAAAUUCACCCUCUUUUUGCAUGUGACUAAAGUACAGGAAUGAGGCUGUGUAAUAAAAUGUUGUCUCCCAAUUAGAACGGAGUAAUAUUAGACGUUUUGUUAUUCAAUGCAGUAUUGUGUAUUCUCUGGAACUGUUAAUUGGUUCCUCACAAGUUCUUAUUAUUGUGUCAACAAUUGUCAUACUCUUAAUUUUUAAGACUUGCCAAAAAAAACAAGGUUAACAAAUGCUUUAUGAUCUUUGAGAAAGAACAUUUGAAUUAGGUGAAGGAUGUAGAUACAGGAACGUUUAACUAUUGUACAGUUUUAUGUUGAAUCUCACUUAAUGUUAAAUAAAAAGUGUCAGAUA